AUGGACUCCGCCGCGCCCGCCGCGCCGGGCGCCGCGGCUCCCCCCGCGCCCGAGUCGCGCGCCAUCUUCGUCGGCAACUUCGAGUACGACUGCAAGACCUCCGACCUGGAGCACAUCUUCUCGCCGUACGGCCCCGUGGCCCGCGUGGACCUCAAGCGGGGCUUCGCCUUCGUCUUCAUGCAAGACGAAUCGCACGGCGCGCAAGCCAUUCGCGCCUUGGACGGGUCCGCGCUGGACAGCACUCGCCGCCGCCCGCUCAAAGUCGAGUGGGCCCGCGGCGACGGCGCCAUCAAGCGCCGCGAGGACGAGCGCCGCCGCCGCUCCUCGGAGCCCAGCGAGACCCUCUUCGUCGUCAACUUUGACCCCGAGAGAACCACGCGCCAGGCGCUUGAGGACAAGUUCGCCCCCUUCGGACCCAUCGUCCGCCUCGACCUGCAGCAGCGCUUCGCCUUCGUCCAAUUCGAAACCAUCGACCACGCCACCGCCGCUCUGCGUGCGUUGAACGGCGCCCCGCUCGAGAACCGCUCCCUCAUCGUUGAGUACACCAUCCGCGCCCCGUCGUCUGCACCGCGGUCGCGCCGCUGGGAACGCAACCCGUACCCCCAUGACCCGUAUCCACGUUCAUCGUAUCCCUACUCGUCUUACCCGCGCCAUCCCUCGCCCCGUGGCGGGCCGUACCAUCGCUCGUAUCGCACGGAGCGCCCCUGGCCCCCACCAUACGCUCGCGACCGCUCGCACAGCCCGCGGCGGAGAGACAGCGAAGCCCGCUACCACCCCAGACACUCGGACCCCUGGGCCCGUGACGCCCGGAGGGAGCCAGAUCGUCGGAGGACCCGCAGCCGCAGUCGCGACCGGCCUCGACAUAGGAGUCGCAGCCCCGUGAGAAACCACAGUGAAAACGGCCUUCCCCCGCAAGACUCUGCGCGUCGUCCUACCUCCUCCAGUCCUUUGUCAAACCGCAAGAGGGACCGGAGCCGUAGUGGAACUCCUGCCGAACAGGAUGCUCGCGCUGACCGCAAUGAAGGCGAUACCAAGAUGCGCCAUCGUUCCAGAAGCCGCUCCCCGCCACGGCGUCGCCGUUACAGUAGGAGUCGCAGCAAAAGCCCUUCAUACAAGCGCACUCGUACUGGCAGCAGAAACAGGAGCACGAGUGCCUCACGGAAUAGACACCGCAGACCAAGUCACACCCCUUCGCCUCAAAUGAUUCCUAGACGGAGUCGCAGCCGGAGCCCUGCGACACGUCGCAGUCCCAUUCGUGGCCGAAGCCGUAGUCUAAGCCCGAUGCCUUCCCGCAGUCGCGGCCGUAACAGCAGCCUGCUCAGCUGUGGACCAGCAAAAGCUCGAGGCCGUAGUGUUACCCCGCCCCGUCGACACAGCCGAAGCAGAGACGCGAUCCGAGGCCGGAGUCGUAGUCGAAGCCGCAGUCGCAGUCGCAGUCGAAAGCGAAGCCCGAGCCCACGGAAAAGUCCCAGACAGAGCCCAAGACGAAACACGAGCCUGAAGCGGAGCCACCGUGACAGCCGUAGUCGCAGCAGAAGCGCAAGUCGGGGCAGAAGCCGGGACAGAAGUUUAGAAAAAAGCCGCGACUGGCGUCGAGACAGGAGCGGGAGCAGGGGCCGGAAUAGCAGCCGCGAUGGGAGUGCUGACCGAAGCCGCCGCAGGAGUCAAGAUCGAAGCCAGGAGAGACGUGGGAGCGAGACUUCCCCUCGCGAUGUCUCGCCCUCUGUUGGUGCAAAUAGGCAACAAAGCAGUUCUGGAAAUGAUGGCGAAGCUGGCAGCACCAACCGCCAAGACUCGGCGCGCCACGGCCAUGCAGUAACUCAUGGCGAUGGUAGCAAGGAUCGUACUGCGCUUGACCGGGAUAGGUCGACAUCUCCGAGGAAGCCGACGCCCCCAUACAAAUAUGAAAAGCCCAUCGACGUGUAA